AUGAUUAAAGAAUGGAAACGUGAUAUUGAUGCCCGACGAGAUGAAACAAGAAACUAUUUAAUUUUAGGCGAAGAUACUCUGGAAGUACGAGAUGAUGAAACACAGAUUGAAAUCGUAGGUAAUGAAAUUCCAACAAGCCCAAUUAAAACGAAAGUUGCAACAGUCCCGUCUGUGAUUGCAACCAAUGCGAUUUUAUUUCCUACAAAACAGGAUAUCGUCAAACAAUUUACGAUAAAUACACAGCAAAAAUAUGCUUUUAUGAUUGUUACUAGUCACUUAGAUGGUGAACAUUAUGCUUCUACCGGUAUGUUAUCUGGAUUUCGUUGUUGUAAGGUUUAG